AUGCCUGGACAACAAAAGAGAAAGCGCGAUGAUGACCCCGACCCCGUCGCAGAACCUCGCCCCAAUGGUAUUGGCGUCGCCGAUACACUCGCACGCCUAAACGAAGCUUCCCCCGAGACCGACGAUUCAACAAAGAAGAGCUCGGGCGAGAUGGUGCGCUCAAGCAAGAAGAGGCGUGCAGAUGGCGAGAAGACCAAGUACCCAGUCCUGACAUACGUUGAAGGGCGCUUGCAGUCUUCGAUCCGAAUUGCAGACCUCCAAGGCCUUCUUCUCUACUGUUUCGCAGAUGGCAUUGCACCUCAAUGGAUCGCUGUCAAACACUCCGGUCAUGUGCGCAAGGUGGUUGUCUUGAUGGUCCCGGGCUUGGAAAUCGGCAUGUUUGACGGCACUAUCCCACUCACUCCGAUUACUGCUGGCGAGUGCGAUAAUGGCGAGGCAAAAGCCACUUCUGGCGACACAGACCCAGAAAACGAUACUUCUAAAGAUAGACGAAAUGAGGACUUUCAAAAUUGGAAAGAAGGUCUGCCACCCCCAGACCGAUCAUCUCGCUAUAAUCCCAGAGCGCUUUCAGCAGACGCCUUGCCCGAACCCCUCCGCCCGCUUAGCGAUAUGUUCCCUCAUGUUUGGCCUGUCAAGGCCCCCGGCGAUAAUAAAUACAACAAAGUGCACUCGCCAUUGCAAGCCAUCUUGAUGUCGACCCUUCCGAAGACAAAAGACGACUCAGGCCGCAAGGGUGCUCGCCCGGCACGAUUUGAUAAAACCGCAAUGUUCAGGCGAACCCCCAUCACUACGUUCAUCAGUUCUUUGGAGGAUCUUCGUGAUAGCGAAUAUCCACUACACCCGGCCCUUCUUGGUUCAGAUGCUGAGAAGGAGCAAGAGGCCGAGUCGCGUCGGCGCAACAAUCGCGCUCUGGAGGAUGGCUGGGUGGACACGGCCGUUCCCGACUUGGAUGCUGGCAUUGUUCCAGAUGCCGAGAUUGAAGGUGGUAGCGUGACAGCUGGACGAAAGAUCUUGUCCCUCGAUUGUGAGAUGUGUCUGACCGAAGGAGAUAAGUCUGAACUGGCUCGUAUUAGUCUUGUCGGCUGGGAUGGUGAGGUCGUUAUGGACGAGCUGGUUCAGCCUUCGCGACCAGUAACCAACUACCUCACCCAGUAUUCUGGCAUCACGAAGGAGAUGCUUGAUCCGUCUAUUCUAAUUGGCCACUCUUUGAAUUCCGACCUUGCUGCACUCAAACUUACCCACCCUUUCAUUGUUGAUACUGCCAUCAUCUACCCUCAUCCUCGUGGCCCGCCUCUAAAGUGCAGCCUGAAAUGGCUUACCCAAAAGUAUGUGAACAAGGAGAUUCAAAAGGGAGGAAAUGGCCACGAUUCGGUCGAAGAUGCUCGAGCGGUCCUUGAGCUGGUCAAGCAGAAGUGUGAGAAGGGAGAGCGUUGGGGUACAAGCGAUGCAUCAAACGAGAGUAUUUUCCGCCGACUUGGUCGGUCUACCCGUGUAGGGAAAACCGCAACCCCCGGCGAGGGACGGACCGGUGCAGUAGUCGACUGGGGCAGUCCCGAGAGAGGGUUUGGUUCGCAGGCGACUGCCUCAAUCGGAUGUCGCGACGAUAAUGACGUUGUCAAUGGUGUCGCAGCGGCAGUCAACGGUGAUGAAUCGAACCCUUCGAUUCCCGGUGGCGGUGUUGAUUUUACGUGGGCACGCCUCCGCAACCUUGAACAUCUUCGGGGUUGGUGCAACCGUGCUCCAGACCCUAACAAUGCCAACGCUUCUACAACCUUGGCUCCUCCACCAGAGGAAACCACCUCCACAACAAGCAUUGGAGACAGCAGUGCGGCUCCAGCAGACAAUGUUCUUGCGGAAACCGUCACCCAAACCGUCACCGACAUCACCCGCAUCUACGAAUCCCUCCCGCCUUGUACCAUGUUUAUCGUCUACACUGGUACCGGCGACCCACGCGAAGUCAGUCGUCUCCAAGGGAUGCACAGAACAUAUCGCGAGGAAUUCAACUCGCGCAAGCCUUGGGAUGAGCUCACGGUGAAGUGGACGGAUACGGAAGAGCAAGCCCUAAAGAAGGCCUGCGAGCGGGCCCGCGAGGGCUGUGGAUUUAUGUGUGUCAAAUAA